AUGGCUGCUGCGCAGAACGGUACCGUGUUGCACGGAGAGGCAGUCAUGAAGCCUAACAGCUCUCUGCCCGAAGACGAAACGCCCGACCACAUCGGUUCAAACGGAUCCACUCCUACUGGAAUCGCUACCCCUCAGCCGGAUCCCGCAGACAAGCGUCUGCCUUCCAUCAUGCACAACUACUUCCAGGUUGGUUCCUUCUCCGGUGAUAGAUUGAGUCUACCGCGCCUAUGGCCCUGUGUGGCAAAACCCUUUUCGGAGCAACCACACCCUACCGCUUCCUCCGAGUCUUUUGUCGUGUUGGAUCGAGAGGAGGGGUCUGAUAAGAUCGAGGCAAAUUUGCCUACACCCCCUCAUUCCUUACUGCAGUCAGAUGAGAUGGAUCUCAGCUCGAGUCCAGACAUGACUGCGGGGUCGAUUUUUAAUACCCUCAAGAAAUAUCUCAUUCCUCAUGAUCAUGAUUCUCAUUCCCGUCGUCAAACUUCCCUGCCAGUCUCCAGCGUCUCUGAUGAUCCCGUUCUUGCCACACAUUUCUCCAAUCCAUCCCUACCUGCUCAAGAGGCGUCUCCCCCUACCGAUUCUCCCUUACUCGACCAUGAGAAGCCACAUGUCUCAAUAUCUUCCGAGAACCUUACCAAGCUGACUGGAACCGCACCCGAUGCGGUGUGUCUAAAGAAUACCCCACCCCUCACACCCCGUACCAUGUCCAACGAGGAUGAGAAGAAGACCCCGGUGACCUCCGCACCCAGACUGGAAUCCGACACCGAGACCGAGAAGGAGGAAACCAAGGCCCCAACCCCGGAUAGCGAGACCGAUGAGAUUGCCUUGAAACUCGAUCAGGCAUUCCCCCGCCAACCCUCACCCCAGAAUGGACCCCCUGUGGGCCCGCUUAAGGGUAAAUUGACCGUGAAAAUUUCCGAAGGCCGAGGCCUGCGUCCCAGCGUGGAUCCCUAUGUGGUGUGUGUGUUUGAAUGGAACGAGUACAUUUCCAAGGGUACCAAGGAUGGGGAAGAAGAGCAAGAAGAGAACAUGCGCCGUCAGAUCGAGUCGGAUGCUGCAGCGGGUCGGCCUAUGGCCAUUCCGAUGCGAAGCCGUCAAAGCAGCAACAACAGUGCUUUUGACGCCGAGAAGGGCAAGUCGCCUGUCACAGAUCCCCACUGGGAUCACGCAGCUGUCUUUGAUGUUCUCGGUGAUCAAUCUGAAGUCGAUGUCACUGUGUACGAUCGCCACAACCAAGAAGCAUUCCUCGGUCAUGUGCGACUUGGCAUCAACCUGAAGCAGGAUCAUAGCCGACUAGAGGGCUGGUUCCCCUUGGUCGCCCGUGGUGCCGGAGAUAACCCGGUUUCGGGUGAAAUCUAUCUUACUAUGACCUAUGAAAUGACCGAGCGCAAACAAGUCGGCCCGAAUGACUUCCAGAUUUUGAAGCUCAUCGGCAAGGGAACAUUCGGACAGGUUUAUCAGGCCAAGAAGAAGGAUACCGAACGAGUAUAUGCGAUGAAGGUUCUGUCAAAGAAGGUGAUCAUCCAGAAGAAGGAAGUGGUCCACACUUUGGGAGAGCGUAACAUCUUGGUCCGAACGGCUAUGGCCGCUUCCCCAUUCAUCGUUGGCCUCAAAUUUUCUUUCCAGACACCGUCAGACCUCUACCUUGUUACGGACUACAUGUCCGGUGGUGAAUUGUUCUGGCACCUCCAGCGCGAGGGCCGCUUCCAGGAGGCUCGGGCUAAGUUCUAUAUCGCCGAAUUGAUUUUGGCCCUACAGCACUUGCACGAUUACGAUAUUGUAUAUCGGGAUCUGAAGCCAGAGAACAUCCUGCUGGAUGCCAAUGGACAUAUCGCUCUGUGUGAUUUCGGUCUGUCCAAGGCUAAUCUGACUCAAAACGACACCACCAACACAUUCUGUGGUACAACCGAGUAUCUCGCCCCCGAAGUUUUGUUGGAUGAGCAAGGAUACACCAAGAUGGUCGACUUCUGGUCUUUGGGUGUUUUGGUAUUCGAGAUGUGCUGUGGUUGGAGUCCGUUCUACGCCGAAGAUACCCAGCAGAUGUACAAGAAUAUCGCCUUCGGCAAAGUGCGAUUCCCCAGAGAUGCUCUUAGCACUGAGGGUCGAAAUUUCGUCAAGGGACUGCUUAACCGAAAUCCCAAACACCGUCUGGGAGCCAAUGGUGAUGCGGCCGAACUCAAGGCGCACCCAUUCUUCCACGACAUUGACUGGGUUGCGCUCUGCAAGAAGCAGGUCAUCCCCCCUUUCAAGCCUAAGCUAAAGUCCGACCUUGAUACCUCCAACUUCGACCCUGAGUUCACAACUGCCAUGGAGACCAACAGCUCAUUGAAUGACCGUGCCGCCGCAUUGGCUAACGGCCUGAUGCCUGCUGGCACACCGCUUUCCCCCGGUAUGCAGGCCAACUUCAAGGGCUUCACAUUUGUCAACGAAAGCUCGAUGGAACACCAUGUGAAGGAUGGCCCGGAGGAUGAUGAGGAAGAGGAGGAGGAUAUGGUGGACGAGGAUACUAUCCUUGCCCAGUCUUGGCGGUCCCACCGACCAACCAACUCUUCGGAUCUACGCAGUAGUGGUGUCAAGACAUCCGAUGCUGCUGAUCCUGGAAUCUUUAACGUUGAUGAGAACUUUUGA